UCCCCGAGUUCGUUGCUCGUAAGUAUCAAACAGUUUGUUUAUUUUUUUUUUAAUGUUUAACUGAUGCAUUUUGAAUGUUAUGUGAAGAAGUACGAAUUUUGUGUCAUCAUACUUAACUUUGUUGUCAACCACACAGGGCGCGGUACAGGGUACCGCCAUCGCGUGCGGAGAUGGCCGACUUCGAAGCUGACCCAGCGGAGCUUCAAGUUGGUCACUCCUGCCCAGAAGCCGGACCAGAAGAUGGUGUUCGUCGUGGGAGACUCCCACCUGCGGGCCCUGGUGGAUGGGAUCGUCGCGAUGCCGGAGGUACCUCUCUCUUUCUCUUUUCUCUCUGUUCCAGGUGCGCAUGCAGCAGAGCUGAGGACGGAGGUGUCCCACGCCGCUCUCCCCUGGACCCCGGACGUGGUGUGUGUGCUCGCCCCGAGCAACAACCUGACAGCCAGCAGGAACAUCGGAGAGGCGUCGCUGGACUUCGGUGCUCUCCUGGCUACAGUUUGCAACCGCUGGGCGAAGGUGUUCGUGCUGGACUUCCCUCCACGCUUGAACAUCGAGCCUGGCCUGCAGGAGCUGUUCCGCCAGGAGUUCUGCCGUGUCGCAGUGCACCUCAGCGACAGCGACGGAACGCCGAUCCUCGUCCAGGCCCUGUGGGACGCCGCGGUCCGCCAGCUGGCUCCUCCUCCUCCUCCUCCUCCUCCUUCGGUGCCCCCCCCGGACAUCGCCUCGUGCCAGGGUCUCCCCCGUGCUGGUCGUGACGGGACACAGCCCCGCGGCUCGUCACCGCAACCCACUGGAGUGGACCGUCGUCGGACAGGAGGGCAAGAGUCUGUCCUCCCAUCCAACCCCGUCUGGUUCAGCGGCGACAUCCUGGAGGCCAUGGAGAGGGUUUCGCCAUCCUCGGACAGCGACGUCACUGCCCUUCUGCCAGCUGGCCAGGUAAAGUGCCUGAUAAUUACAUUUAUAUAUUAA